AUGGAUGUUCUAGCUGGUGUAGUUAAUAGAUUGAAAGACAUUUCACAAGGAUUAGAUGCUUUCCUUGAUGAUGUGAGUGAAAAAUAUCAGAGUUCAAAAGAAAAUGAUGAUCAACCUAGUAAGAAAUGCUUCAUUAAAAUUUUGCUCCAGCUUGAAAAGGAAAGCAAGAUAGAGAUUGAUAUCUCACAAGACAAUCUUAAAGGAAUUUUACUGAACAUGUUUCUUCGAGGAGUUGAUACUUCUUCAAUAACAUUAGAGUGGGCAAUGACACAACUUAUGAAAAAUCCAACCAAGUUAAAGAAAGCUCAAGAAGAGGUAAGAAGAGUAGUUGGAAAGAAAUCAAAGGUCAAUGAAGAUGAUAUUGAUCAAAUGGUCUACUUAAAUUGUGUUGUCAAAGGGACUCUAAGGUUACAUCCCCUACUUCCUUUCUUGUUUCGUUAA